UCACACUCCUCAAUGCCACCGAAGCGCGCGCGCAAGUCGAACGCGUCGACGCCGGCACCAGCCGCCGACGAGCCGCUGCCCGCCGACCGGCUCAACUACGCCGACGUCCCGCGCCCGUUCAAAGCCAAGAACUUCACCUCGAAGCUGCCGCUCAGGACGGCGUCGGCCGCGACGACGGGCUUCAAACGUACAGUGAAGCAGAUCCUCACGCUUGAGCGGGAGCGCGUGGGAGGCGGUGACGGGUUUCUGAGCGCGGCGCAGACCGCGGCCAAGGCCCGCGGGGAGCCGAUAGAACCAGCCAAGAAGAAGAAGAAGGAGAACCCUGUCGGCAAGAAGAAGGUGCCGCGCCGCAGUGGGGUCAGCACGCCGAUGACGCUCGACGACGAGAGCGUCAUGAGUGGGACCGUGACGCCGUUCGACGAUGACGAGGAGAUGGAGGUUGAGGCUGUUGAAGGGGGGAAGGAGAUCAUCACUUAUCACACCCCGACAGCGCCACCCUCCCUCCUCCCCGCCAAGAAGUACUGCGACAUCACAGGCCUGCAUGCGGCGUACACCGAUCCGCGGACAAAGCUGCGGUACAAGGGCCUCGAGGUGUGGGGCGUUGUGCGCAAUCUGGGUCCCGGCGUCGACCAGUCGUAUCUGGCGCUGCGCGGCGCGCAGACGUCUCUCAAGUAGUGUCCGCGUGUAUUAGUCGUCUCUCGCAGGGUAUCCAUUCCCGCAUGCCAUUGUAUAUCUAGUAUCGGGCGUCCAUCUCCGAGCCUCCAGGAUGCGCAGUACAGAACAUCUACU